AUGUCUGCACAGCCAGAUAGCGACGAGGACAGACCCUUCCGCCUACUGGACUUGCCGAAGGAAAUCAGGCUUCUCAUAUUCGAGUUCACGUUGGUUGGCCGUACCGUCGCACUUGCCGAUCGCGGCGAUCAAGACUUUCAUGCCAGAGAAGCACAGUAUAUGGCCAUAAGUCUCGCAUGUCGGCUGAUUCACGAAGAAGCCUCGCCCUUGCGGUACGCUGACUGCAGCAUUGAUGACAGGAACGUCACCUACACGAUUAUUCCUAUUCCCGACUUCUGCCAGAAGGAGGUUAUUGCUAUCGAUCUAGAUCUGGAUACGGAAUGCCGCUAUUUCGCGAUUACUGAGAGAUCGAACCGCUAUCCUAAAUUGAAGAAGCUCAACUGCAGGGCUGGUAACAUGCGCUCAUUGACCGGCUACGAAUCAGGGACCGAUGAGCAUAAAUCGCUCAGGCAACUCCUUACUGAUGACGCAGAGAUUAUCGCCAGCUCAAGGAUAGCUAUUGCUUGGGGAUUCAAUUGGGGCGUUGAGAAUAACCAUGAGAUGCUGAAAUACCACUUCGGUGCACCUGAGAUUACUGUUCACUGGGAGCACCAUCAUGAGGAUCCUCUUUUUCGUUUCGUCGAUGUAGAUCUCGGUCGCGAGACGGUCACUUGGGUAAAAGGGGCACCACGCUGGCCGUGGCUAGUAGGACACCAGCCAACAAUCACGGAUGAGCGAUAG